AAGACCUCCAGAAACAAGUGGCGUGCAGGUCGGCGAACGGAGACCCCGAAUAGUGGCAACAUGUUGCUUAACGGGUUCCCUCGACGAUCCAAGAAGCGGAAAAAGCUUGCCUCUACGACUGCUGACCUCCUCAAGACAUCCUUGAUGGCCCUAAAAGAGUCCUCUGACGCCUUCCCGCCAUUGAAGAGUGCUGUUGGCGCUGUCUUGGUUGUUUGCGAUCUCGCUGAGCGCACCAAGCAAGCAUUCCAGAUCCAAAGCUCAGGCCGUAGCUUUGCGCACCACGGAGAUUCUGGAGCUGGUAGCGGAUGCCCUGCCCGAUCCAACCCAGAUUCCUCUGCCAUUGUUGCGCAGCCUCGAGCGUUUUACGAAGACGCUGGAGUCCAUUCACAACCGUAUGCAAGAGAUCAGCGACAUGCGGGGGCUUUCGCGCCUGAUAAUGUUGCUCUAAAUAUAUAUUAG